GAGAUCCACAAAGUGCCAACUUAACACUUUUCCUAAACGUAGACCUGUAGAAACAAAAUGGGCAGCAUUGGACAACCCGGGGCAAGCAACGUGACCGCCGUUCAGCCGGUGGCCAGCGCGUACUAUCCGUACGGUUUGCCCGGCACCGACGAACCGUACGAUAGUAGCUUCCACAUCUUUCCACCGGAUUACUGCACCCCGGAAUACGACUACAGGACCGAACUCCUCGAUAGCAUACGAAUGGCGCCAUCACAGCGAUCGCAACGGUUUCACAUCAGCAACAUCUUGGAGCUCAACAACCAGCAACAACAGCAGCAGCAGAGCGACAGCGCCAAAGAUCAGCCCAUCAUAUCGAACCUUUCUUCAUCCGCCUCCCUGCAACAGCAUCACCAAGCUUUCCAUCCUUUCACCAUUUCCGAGCUAGAAACCCAGCAACUUCAUCACCAUCCAGCCCCAUCCGGCCCAGGACUGGAAGGUGGACCCUCCGGAGGUCCUUUCCCCGGGAAUGGCACUACGGAGGAGUCUUCCAGCUCCAGUCAUCUCCCAUAUGGUGCUGGGGAUUCUUCGCAUACUACCAGUUGUUUGCCACUCCAGUCUGCCCUCAAUCCUGCCACCGUUAGUUCCACGAUUCCUUAUGACCCGCCGCCAUACUAUCCGUAUGCACACCACCAUCAUCUGUUCGGGGGUGCAGGUAGCGCCCUGGGGACCCCGCCGACGGUGGAUCCGUCUAGGUCGACCUAUCCCUAUCAUCAUGCCGGCGUUAACCUUGAUUAUGUACCGUCGGUAAUACAGCAUAGUGCCAUCAGUGACGCCAACGGCAGCCAUCAGCAGCUCAGCCCGGAUACCACGUCACCCGGACCGGAACUUUAUUCGUUGGCUUCCUACAACAACAUACCGCGCGUAGUGAAUGAAACUUCCGACCGGUUAGCUGCCCUUGCCGAGCAGCAUUCGUCCCAGGAUGGGCCUUCGCUCGAUGCAGAGUGUUCCGUGGAUACGAACAACAACCCAAAUCGCUCCUGUGACACCGGCACGCCGGACGACUUCGAGCCACCGACUCACCCCGUUGGCCGCUCCAGUGGAACACGCGGUGGUCAAUGUUCCAGCCAAUCGGGCACUACGGGACACAAAAAACGGAAGCGACGCAUUCUGUUCUCCAAAACGCAAACUUUCGAGCUUGAGAGACGUUUCAAGCAAGCCCGUUACCUAUCGGCACCGGAGCGCGAACAUCUGGCCAGUGUGAUAAACCUAACGCCGACGCAGGUUAAGAUAUGGUUCCAAAACCAUCGCUACAAAACGAAACGGGCACAAACGGAGAAGACCGCUACCGGGUACGGUCCGGUCGUCGGUAGUAAUCCUCCGAAGAAGGUUAACGUUCCGGUGCUGGUGAGGGACGGAAAACCGUGCUCGGAUGCCAUACAACAUCAGCAACACCAACAUCAGCAGCAGCACUUGCAUCAUCAGCAGCAGCAGCAACAACAACAUUCUCAUCCGCAUCCUUCUUCGGCUCACUUUCUAACGAACGGCAUCCACCAUUCGUCUUUUGGGGUUCCCGGGAUCCAUUCCGGACAUGGCGCUUCACCGCGCAUGUGGUGAAAUCCUUGCGAUAAAGAGAGAACUAUUUCA